CUCUUUGGGGGCGGAGGCUGAAGUUCUCGAGGGCCGGCUUCUUCGUCCUUCCUUCCUUCCUGCUGCCAGUUCCUACCAGCGAUGCCCACCUGGUGCGUCCCAUGGCUGCUCCAGGUCCUGUUGCUGCUGCUGGGGCUGCGCUUCUCCCUGGGCGCCCCGCAGCAGCAGCGGCCUCCUCCACACCUGGUCUUCGUGCUGGCCGACGACUUGGGCUGGCAGGACGUGGGUUGGCACGGCUCCCAAAUCCGUACUCCGGUCCUCGACGCGCUGAGUGCCGCGGGAGUGCGCUUGGAGCGGUACUACAUCCAGCCCCUUUGCACCCCGUCCCGUAGCCAGCUGCUCACCGGCAGGUAUCAGAUCCAUACAGGUUUACAGCACGAAAUAAUUUGGCCAUGUCAGCCCAGCUGUGUCCCACUGGAUGAAAAACUCCUGCCUGAGCUUCUUAAAGAGGCAGGAUACGUUACUCAUAUGGUUGGGAAGUGGCAUCUAGGAAUGUACAGAAACGAAUGCCUUCCAACUCGAAGAGGGUUUGAUACCUAUUUUGGGUACCUUCUUGGAAGUGAAGAUUACUAUUCACAUGAGCAUUGUGUGCCUAUUGUAUCGAAGAACGUAACUCGAUGUGCUCUUGAUCUUCGAGAUGGAGAAAAAAUUGCAGAUGGAUUUAAAAAUAUGUAUUCUACUAAUGUAUUUACUCAAAGAGCACAAGACCUUAUAGCAAAUCAUCAGCCUGAGAAGCCUCUCUUUCUCUACCUUGCUCUGCAAUCAGUCCAUGAGCCUCUUCAAGUACCUGAGAAGUAUGUAGAGCCAUACAGUUUCAUUAAAGAUGAAAAGAGGCGCAAAUAUGCAGGAAUGGUAUCCAUUCUGGAUGAAGCUGUAGGAAAUAUCACUGAAGCCCUGAAGACACGUGGACUUUGGAACAACACAGUUCUCAUCUUUUCUACAGAUAAUGGAGGCCAAACUUUAGCAGGUGGAAACAACUGGCCAUUAAGAGGGAGAAAAUGGACAUUGUGGGAAGGAGGAGUCAGAGGCGCUGGUUUCGUUGCAAGUCCUUUACUGAAACAAAGAGGAGUGGAAAGUCAUGAACUUAUCCACAUUUCUGACUGGCUGCCGACUCUGGUGAAACUUGCUGGAGGAUCCACAAAUGACACCAAACCUUUAGAUGGUUUUGAUGUAUGGAAAACACUAAGUGAAGGAGAACCAUCACCCAGAAAGGAGCUGCUUCACAACAUCGACCCUAUUUUCGUGGACCCAUCUCCAUGUGCCGGUAGCAGCCAUGGAGCUUCACCACAAAGUAAUUAUUCAUGGGCAGAUUCAAUCUUCAAUAUUUCUAUACAUGCUGCAAUUCGUCAGGGAAAGUGGAAACUGCUAACAGGCAAUCCAGGUUGCAGUCACUGGUUUCCACCACCAUCUUUAUUCAAUGAGUCAAAGACAAUGUCAUCUGACCCACUGACAAAGAAACUUUGGCUCUUUGAUAUUGUUCAUGAUGCUGAGGAAAGAAAUGAUUUAUCUGAUCAAUACCCUGACAUUGUGAAAAAGCUCCUCAUUCGCCUCCAGCAUUACUAUAAGAACUCUGUUCCUGUGUUCUACCCAGACGAUGAUCCUCGAUGUGAUCCAGAGGCAACUGGAGCCUGGGGGCCUUGGAUGUAGGGGGAAGGCCUACACAGCAGGGGAAUGUACAUCCUAACUUCAUUUUUUUUUGUACAAGAACAAAUAUUUGCAAAGGUUUUCUCCCCACUGGGCAAGAUUACAAGAAUUUCUAUGCAUGGUUUUUGGCACUUCAGGAUACGUUUGAAGCAAAUUCAUAAGUAUUGAAAACAUGCAUAUUUUUUUACUCAAAAAUGUGGGUCUAGCAUACAUUUUUGCACAAACCAGUUGAUUUUGCACAAAAAUUCUGUUUUCUGUGCAAAAAUGUUUUCCCACCUCCAGUUUGAGAUGAGAUUUCUUUUCUAGGAAAAAAGUCCCGAAAUACAAAAAAUCUUGCAGCGGUGACCAUUUUCUCAACAAAGUGUCUCAAUGCAUCGUGAUGCGCUCUUUUGCGCAACACACAGCUUUCUCCUCCAAUGCUUUUUAGCCACUUCCCAAUUGCUGCUGCCUGAAAUGUUUACCUCCCUCUGCCUAAUGAUAGGGCCAACCCUUCAGUGUCCUUGUGUACCAGUGCGCACAAAUGUACACACAUGAAUCAGCCUGGAAACUCAGGGAAACAACAGAUGCUUCUGCUCUGAUUUAUUUUUACUUCUUUGACUUCAGCUUCAGUCCUCUGGAUUCAGUUCUUUCUCAAAAGCCCAGUUGGGAGAUCCAAUUUCACCUCUGAUUGUGUCUGAAGUUCUCUUACAGUCAUAAAAUAUGCCAUUUGGAUGUUAGUUUUUGUCUAUGACAUGUCUCUAAAGCAGUGUGUAAAAUGAUGCCGCUUUCCUAAAAUCACUGGCCAGCUGGGAAACAUUAUUUUUGUUGGAAAGCUCUGAGUCAUGGGGCAGGGAGCAGGAUUUUCUAAAUUAUUUUACAUUUGAAGUCAGAUGCUCGAUUGCAGACUUGCCAACAGACGGCUUUCACUAGAGGCUGAUGUUGUAAAGAAGGUGGAAUGAGCCAUUUGUUCGAAAUCUCAUGCCAUUCCAUUUUCUCACCUUUACCUUGUCAUACUAUCCAUAAUGGAUCUAUUCCAAAAUGAUUGUGAGUGCAACCUUCUAACUCCUACUCACCAAAGUCUUAGCAAUACCAGGGUUCAUAUCAAUCCUGUACCCAAAAUGUGUUGGUUCUGCAGUGAAAUCUUAUUCCAUAAACCUUGAGACUUUUCAAAAGUUUUUGAUGAAGUCCAUUAGCAAAGACUUCUGAGUAAACAUCUCAGGCUGCCCUAAAAAUCAGUUUUGGUUAUAAAAAUAGAAGGCAAAUAGACAGUUGCUGGACUUGCAAUGUGCCUCUCCCUCUCCCUCUAGUGCUCCCCUAGUGUUUUGACUCCUGUCAGACUCCCCUCCCCCCUUGGUCCCAUAACUGCUUUGUUAAAUGUUUUUAAACAGGACUGUUUUUAAAAAACUGUUUUCUAAUCUGUUUUAUGAUUGCCUCCCUAAGGAACUGUGUUUCCCCAUCCCAGGGCAUUUGUGUCCUUCUCUGUGCUGGUCAUGGACUGUAAUAAAGUCUUGGUUGAUAGACAGUUCUCAUAAUAGAGGUUGCUCAAAAACCAAUUUUAAUUUUGUUGAUAAAUGACCUUGAGUUGGAGCUGAACAGUAACGUUUACUGACAACACCAAAUAAAACAAACUGUAGAUUGCAACCCCCCCCCCAAAAAAAAACCAAAAGGAUCUUUCCAAAAAGACAGUUGGUCAAAUGCAAUUCAGUAUCAUUACUGUAUACACUCAUGUUUGUGUUGAACUCUCAUAUAAAUUGGGAGCAUGUUUUAGGUCCAAAAUUAUGGAUUUUGAUAUGAUCCAUGGAUAGGUCAAGGAUCAUUCCACAUAGAACAGAAUACACCAAUGCCAGCUCAGAGAGUCAGCUGCUCUUGCCUGCCACCACCAUUUCUGCACCCAAGCAGUCAAAGAGGCUAGGACCUGUACUAUGGCAGAGAAAAGGAUGGUUCCUUUUCUGAUAAGAGUUAAAGUAGAAUACUCACAUUGAACUGUGUAUAAGUUGACCCAGUUUUUUUGUUUAUUUUUAAAUUAUAAUUUCUAGACUUACACAUGAGUAUAUGAGGUAAGUAUAAAUAAAUGCAAGAAAAGUAAGAACAUAAAAUAUUAUGUUUGCUUGCAUACUGAUAGAAUAUACUUGUAUGAUCUCAACUAGUAGUGACUGACCUGGCAAGGGAUCUUAAGAUCAUGUUGAUUCAAUGUGUGACAGCCUUGAAAUGGGUGAACUCAAUGCCAAGGAUCACUAGAAAAUAAAACUGUCGUACAUCAAUAUAAUGCCUUUAUGGAAACCCGUGGUCAAACCAUACUUGAAAUAUUAUAAUUCAGGUCAUUGCAUUACAAAAAUGAUGCUAUAGAGCUGAAAGGGGUGCAAAAAGGAGCAACAGCAUCCUUAUGAGGAAGGUUUUUAGCAUGUUAGAGGUUUGUUUUUAGGAAAGAAGACAUAAGUAAUAAAUAUAAAUAUAUGAAGAAAAUGAAUAUAUAUAAAGAAAGUCUACCAUAGCUGAAUAGUUGGAGAUUCGGGACAAAUUGAAAUAUUUAUUCUCUCAACUUGUAAUUGAAUUGUUAAAUUCAGAACUACAUGUUAUUGUGAUCAUAGCCAAUUUAUGUGAUCUUCAAAAAGGAAUUACUAUAGUCCUCACAAUUAUUUCAAACUGAUCAUGCUGGCUGGGGUUGCCUAUCACUCUCCUAUACAUUAACAGGAAGAUUGUUUUAUUUUCAAUAUUAAAACAUAUUCAUUUCAUAAAACAUAUUCAUUUCAAUAUUAAAACAUAUAAAACAUACAUUUACUAGUAUUUUUAAUUUCUUAACUUUUGCAUCAUCCCUCAAGUCCUGUCCUUUCGAGAAGAGCAAGAUUGUUCCUUAGGGGAAAACUGUUGGAUGAAUAAUUGUGUGAUGUAUGUGCAAUUUUCUCUGUAAAACCAUCCUCUUUUUCUUCUGUAGAACUUCUGUAGAACUGUGUUGUUUGCACAACAAAAUUACAAAUGAAAUAAACCUGUAUAAAGACA